CUGGUUCUCAUUUAAAUACAAUAAGACAGAGAGUACCAGUUGACAUUUGUUUACAAAUUAUGCAUUGCAAUAAAAGUGCAGUUUAUGGUUGAUCGCACAAUUUCCCAUCUAUGGCGCACAUGUAGAGCUAUCACCUCUGGAUGUCCAAGGAUUUUUUUGUUAGCAGAUUUUGCUGUCAUUUCUUCAAUGCAAACUACAGACCAGUUGAAGUUCAUGAUGGACACACAUGGCAAUGACAGACGUGACCGAGGAUCUACCCCCAGGCAGCAGACAUGUAAGGAACUCGUGUGGAUUAUAGUGUACUUCCCCAGUGAGGACACAGUCAGUCAUCCAAUCAGAUUACAGGAGGUGGAGACACUGAUGGGGGACACGGGGGAGCAGGCUGGACUGAGGGAGGGGGACACCUGUCUGGCCCCCUAUUUUGUCGGGGAUAGACUCCACACAGCAAAGAUAAUCAGAUGCACAGGGAACAGAAUAAAGCUGCUUCAUGACUAUGCCAAGUUACUGAAUUUAAGGAAGAGAACUGAUGGAGACUUCCUCUCGGAGGAGGAGACAAUGGAGCACAGCACAUCAGAAAAUGACACAGGCUCCAUUUGGAAGUAUGCCAAAGCUGUAGGUGGUGGCAUUGCUGUAGGUGGACUGACAGUGGUGGCGGCACCACUGGUUCUGUCAGCGGGUGGUGUGAGUGCUGUAGUGGCAGCUACUGUCAUGACUAAGGCGGUGCCGGUCCUGGCCCUGACUGCCGCGGGCGGAGUCGCUGUCAGGGAAAUGGUCACAGAGGAUCACCAGGAGACUACAGAGUCUGAGGAGAAGCACGUAUCUAAGUCUACAAAGACAAGCAAAACACAGGCACCACACAGCCCAGAGGCCACAGACAAGGACCAAUCAGGGAGCCUGUUAUCUGGGGUGGGGCUCCGGUCAGCUGUGAAGGGCGUGUUUAGCUGGUUCUCAGGGACAUCUGAGGGCGAUGAUGAUAAAGAUUCCACCCAUGUUAACAGUGCCAAGGACAAAGCAGAAGACAGCUCUCUGUGUAAGAACUUACUGACAGAUACUGAAUAUAGCAAUUGGCUGACUGUGGAGAACCAGCGACUGUGGGAAGAGCGGGUGUGUAGAGUUUGUAAGGACAGCGAAGUGGCUGUUCUGUUUGACCCCUGUGGACACAUGUGUGCUUGUCUAGACUGCUCAGUGGUCCAGAGACGAUGCCCGAUGUGUAGUCAGUUCAUCAGCGUUCAUCACAGGGUGUACAGGUCAUAACUACUGGACAGGUGAUAUUAUGAGUGAACUACAUGCAUGUAUUUAAUAUCAAACAUUACAAUAAUUUAUCUACCUGAAAUUCAGAAAAGUGUAAAUUUUGGGCUCUGUGAAUAUUGUUUUGGGGGCCUGGUUGUUAGAUCAGCAGAUUGAUCAUGAUACUAAAAAAAACAAUAUUUGUUUUUCAUAUGAUCAUGCAGUGCCAUAUUUUUCAUUUGUUUAUAGUACUUAUUUUGUUGAAAAGGGGAGUAUUUACUCAACUCAGAAUUUCGUUUGACACCAAAUAUAAAGCAUAAUCAGUCUUUAUCAAUUUAGAAAUUCACACAUGGAGUUUGGACAGAAUUAAGUUUUUGCAGAAAAAAAGAAUAAAAUGUGGUUAUAAUAUAAAUGUACCUACCGGUACAUUGAACAUUUAAUUUUUUUUUCUUAAUUAAGAUAGGUUGUGAUUUGUAAAAUGUUUUUUUCAGCCAAUCGGGAAUCAGGAAUUAGCAUAUAUACUAAACAUUGUUAUUUUGUAUUUUGUCAUUUAAAUAUUAGAAUUAUUACUUAUUAUGCUUUUAUAAAUUAUUAAGUAAAUGUAACUUUAAUUAAUUCUGUAUUCUUAUGAUAUUGAUAAUUCAGAAUCAUGAGUUGCAUACAGUGAAAUGCAAGAGACAAAAUUAGAAAAAAAAUCUUAAGGUUGUAUAAAAAGGUUUAUCUUUUUACAGUGAUACAAUUUCUAUCUGUUUGGUGCUUUACUUGUUGUAGUAAUAGGAUGUUGCUGCCAUGAAAAUGUUUUAAGUAAAUUUUAUUUUGAAGCCUCUGUUCGAAGAAGGGAGAGCUUAGUGCUUUGCUGCUUUUGCUGUUUGUCUGUUGGUCCACCAAGUUUCCAUUCAUUUUCUUUGCAGCCAUUGCACAUACUGAAAUGAAAUUUGGUAGAUAGAUUUCUCAUAAAGAAUAUCUGGGUAAAAUUUUGUUUUGCGUACGAUCAAGCCAUUUUUGACAAAGUUAUCCACUUGGACUUAGAAAAAUUCCAAUUAUUUGAAGGGGGCCUAAGUGUUUCACAUCAACAUGUACACUCCUAUUAUUUUGUUAUUUACUUGUCAUGAGGACAAUUUGUCUUAAGAUGCUGGAUCAAUGAUAGACGUUUGUGUUGUUUAUCAGUUACUAUGGUGACAUAGUGUAGGAAUAAGAUCCGUGAAUGCUUGUUGUGUUACGUAAUGUUAAAUAUAUGCUAAGAUCAUAUUGUUUUUAUUCCUGAAAGUGUUGGAUAUAAACAGUGUCCGUUAUGUAUGUUACACAUUGUUAAUUGUUUCUGUGUGCAAUAUUUUCUCGUAAGACUUUUCAACUUACAGGAUUUGUUUGCAAAAGAUAAUUAACAUACACGUAUAUGGCACGCCAAAUUCACAAAAAUGAGAUAAACCUAGAUUCACAAUUGAUAAACUAGGUUUAUCGACUGUAAACUAUGGUUUACAAUUCGUAAACUAUAGUUAGCGAUUCGUUAAGUAUAGUUUUCAUCUGUAAAACUAUAUUUAACGGUUGUUAACUAUAGUUUACGAAUGAUAAUCUAAGUUUAUCUGUCUGUAAUAAGCGUUAACAAUAGAUUUUGUUGAUAAACAUAGA